CACAAAGGCACAACAAGUUCAACUUGACCUCACAGUUUUACGUCGCGAGAUGAAUAUCGUAUGCGAAAUUCUUUGUUAGUACGGAGAGCAUGGCAACAAACACGCUCUCUGUCGGCCACGAUUUCACAGCGUGCUGAGGGCCAGCUCCCUUCGCCUUCGUCGCCAGCUCUUUCAUCAAGCAAGCUUGAGCUCUCUUUACGGAGCCCUUUCUUUUCGGAUUGCAUAUCUGCACAUCGCCCGCGAUAUUCUUCGUUUCGAUGCCAACAAAUACGUUGUGUAGUGACCAAAGCUUUGCCUCUGCGUCCUACUGUUGAUACUACCUCGUCGCGCCCAGCUAUCGGCCAGUACUACGUCCGCUACCUCUUCAACGCGACACACUACCCUGUAUGGCGCAUCCUGUUCGCUGCUAGCACACAUAAGCGUCUCGAUUUACACGUCGGGCUCCUCAAGCAGGAUCUUACGUUUGAAGAGUAUUCUAGGUUUAAGCACAUUAUGGCCAAGUCCGACAUCGAACAAGCUGUAUCGGUUCUCCGAGAUGAGGGGUACACGACGCGAGAGCAGGAUGAUCAGAGGAAGCACUUACCAGAGUGGUUAUUGCUUGCCCUGGUCGCAUUCAAAGUACGCACACCUCAUCAUGCCGCGGGCGUUUUGCUCGAGCUCGCCUGGUCGCAUUUGGACUCCAUCUCGUACAAGUACAAGCCGGGGCUUCUGAUUCUCUUCACCCUCCAUCUCGCAAGGUUCAAUCUCAGCCAGCCUAUCCAGCGUGUUGUCGACCAAUUUCUCCUCAUACGGUUGACUCCCCCGUCUGCUCAUUUUAAUCUCCUUUUGCAUGCGAUGUCGACCAGUCGCGUUCGUUCUCCAGAGCAUGCCAGGUUGGUUCUCCGGAUCCUACAAGCGAUGGAAUCACGGCAUAUCAAGCUAUGGCGGUCAACAUACCUUAUCUUGCUCAAUGACCGUUGGAUCACCCUGGAGUUGACCAAAUACCUCCGGGAGCGCAUGUUGCGAGAAGGGAGGAUUCCUGAUACUGACCAUCUCGAGGCGUACAUCCGGAUAUUUGCCAAGCAUGGUGCCAUCGAAGACCCAGCACAAUAUCGGGCAGAGGUCAAAAAGUUCUAUUUGUCUUCUAACAUUCAACGACGCGACGACUUCUCUGCGUUCGAAUUCCUCCGUGGUAUGACGCCCCAAAGUGCACCGUAUACACGUGCCGUGAACCAUAAACCACUCGGGUUCAAACCACAGAUGACGGAUCGACAAUGGAAUGCCACCUUUGCGUCUCUGGCACGACGGGAGCGUCGGCACAUCCCAGCCAAAGGUAUUCUUUCACUGUACUACAAGGGCACAGGGAAACGCCGCAUCCGCCCGUCUAUUCUUACCUACACUUCUCUCUUGCGCGCGCUCUUCCUGCGAGCGCUCUUCAAGCGAGGAGAGCUACGGAGCGCCAAGCAACAUUGGUUUAAGCUCGUCCACUCCGGUUUAAUGCAAGACACCAGGCUUCUCUCAGUCGGCCUUCAAGUGCUCACUCACAUCGGGCAUCCCCACAAGGCAUUUGCAUUCCUCGAGCAAAGCAGCGCGAGGGUGGACGUCCCUCUCCGGGCUUCAUACCGCAUUCGGCAGCCCAUUAACGUGUCCGUCGUCGCGAUGAACAAAUUCAUCCUAUCUCUAUACCACAUCAAGCGGCCGGAUGUCGUCUUUCUUCUAUGGGACCAUAUGGCAGGGAUGUACGGCGUGUACCCGGAUGGAAGGACUUUUUCGCUCCUGCUGCAGUGCAUACGGCUCUCAUUGAAGAUGGAUGAUAACUUACGCGGGGCACUGGCGCAGUUGCUCUGGAGACCAAGGGAGCCGCAGACGAGAGAAGAUGUCGUGAGGUCGUUUGUUAAUCUCCUUGGGGAUCAGAAACCUAAGCCGUACCGCCCUGGGGUAUGGAAGCGUCCUGUCGACAAGGUCGGGUGUAUGUUUCGCUGGGCAGUGUUUAACAUGAAGCCAUCGCUGGCCGGCCUUGAUCCCCCUGUGAGGCUGGGGAAGCGGAAGGUUGACCUCGAAGCUGGACCUGGGACGGGAAUGAUAAACGUGAGUGUGACUACGCAGAACUGCUAUGAUUAUUUGCUGCUGCUGGGCCUAACGGGUAAGGAGGAGGAGAUCCCGUACGUGUUUGGAUGGAUGAAGGAACUGGAAAUCAAGCCCACUACAGAUAUGGUGGCGAUGGCGUUGGUGUUUUGGGCGGAGGCGUGUGGAUUGGAGCCGGGGAGUCCGUGGAAGAAAUUGGUGAAAUGGCUCAGCGAGUGGCAGGGAGAUGAGUUUAUGCCGGAUACAAGGAAGCUGGUCAAGUGGCGGGAGAUUGUUGUUCGUAUGAAAGGGUUGGAAUAACGUUUUCUUGGACGGGGGCCUUGAGAGCCCCUCAUCGCUUGGACCACAUAUUUGGACCGUCGCGACUGGAUGCUUUCGGGCCUCUUCUGGCAUACCUAAAAUUAUUUAUUCUUGGCUACAAGGAUUUCAUUAUACAAAAGAGAGCAUAGUAUACAUACACAAAAUUAAACUAGAGAACUGGGUGGCUGGGAGGCGCCUGUGAAAGCUUGUGGCUUCUUCAUUCUUGUAUCAUUUAGACAGAAUUCGUCGCAGUAUGUAGAGAAAACUCUGGCCGUGGGAUAGUCAGUAUCGGAUCCAUGAGCCGGCUUCGCCAACU